GGAUCAAGACCCUGAUUUUUUGUGUGACUUAAAACCAGAACGCACAGAAACUGUUUAACUGCAUUAUAGUGCAGCAAUUCGCAAUCAGUUAGUUGCUUUUUUACGCAUCAGAAAGUCUUAGACAUGGGAAAGAAAAAUAAAUAUAAGGAGGCUGAGAAGCCUGUGCCCCCUGCAGCACAGCCACAACAACAACAACAAGCUGCUGGUGCACCGGGUGCUCAGAACAGACCCACUCAAACUCCAUCCACAAGCUCCGCCGCUUCUGGGUCCCAACAACAGCAGGGAGGAUGGCGAACACAGGACAGUCACCAGCAGCGCUCUCAGGCCGGGCAAGGCUGGCAGCAGCAAGGAGGCGGACAACAGAGAGGACCGCAGCAGCAAGGCGGCGGACAACAGAGAGGACCGCAGCAGCAAGGAGGCGGACAACAGAGAGGACCACCCCAACAGCAGGGCGGCUAUCAGGGUCAGCAAGCACAGGGGCAAUACCGCGGGCCGCCACAACAACAGGGUGGCUAUCAGCAACGUCCUCAGGGUCAGCAAGCACAGGGGCAAUACCGUGGUCCGCCUCAACAACAGGGUGGCUAUCAGCAGCGUCCUCAGAGUCAGCAGGGACGGGUCCAAGGAGGCGCGGCUCUGCCGCCUCUCCCAGCAGGCACCAUGAAGCGUGGAACUUUGGGAAAACCAGGUCAAGUAUCUGUCAAUUACCUCGACGUUAACUUGGACAAAAUGCCAGCUGUGGCCUACCACUACGAUGUGAAGAUCACGCCAGAGCGUCCUAAGAAGUUUUAUCGUCAGGCUUUUGAUCAGUACAGAGUUGAACACUUGGGCGGUGCGAUUGCCGCAUUUGAUGGACGUGCAUCGGCCUACUCAGCUGUGAAGCUAAAAUGCAGCUCCCAGGGCCAAGAAGUCAAAAUAUUAGAUCGCCACGGCCGUACCCUGACUUACACUGUGGAACUCAAGGAGACAGAGGACACGGAGGUCGAUCUGAACUCGCUGAGAAACUAUAUGAAGAAUAAGAUAUAUGACAAGCCCAUGAGAGCCUUGCAGUGUCUGGAGGUUGUGUUGGCGGCCCCCUGUCAUAACACCGCCAUACGCGCCGGUCGCUCGUUCUUCAAAAGGUCAGAGCCCGGAAAAGCCUAUGAUCUGAACGACGGCUACGAAGCUCUAGUUGGACUCUAUCAAACAUUCGUGCUUGGCGAUCGUCCGUUUGUUAAUGUGGACAUAUCGCACAAGUCCUUUCCGAAGGCCAUGACGAUCAUUGAAUAUAUAGAGCAGUAUCAGCGCCAGAAAAUUGACAAAAGCACAAAUCUUGACUACAGGCGUUACGAUAUCGAAUCAUUCCUAAAGGGCAUGAAUAUAAUAUACGAUCCGCCUGCCUGUUUGGCCAGUGCCCCUCGCGUCUUCAGAGUCAAUGGGCUUACCAAGUUUCCGGCUAGCAGUCUGAAAUUUGAGCUGGACGGGAAGCAAACAACAGUUGCAGACUACUUCCGGUCUCGGAAAUAUAAUUUAAUGUAUCCGAACCUGCUCUGCUUGCAUGUUGGGCCGCCGCUGAAAAACAUUUAUUUGCCUAUCGAACUAUGUCGCAUAGAGGAUGGGCAGGCCCUGAAUCGCAAGGAUGGAGCCAAUCAGGUGGCGGCCAUGAUUAAGUAUGCUGCCACUUCCACCAACGAGAGGAAGGCCAAGAUCAUCCACUUGCUCGAAUAUUUCAAACACAACUUAGAUCCGACCAUCAGCCACUUUGGCAUUCGCUUGGAAAAUGACUUCAUUGUGGUGCAUACACGCACCCUCAAUGCGCCCCAGGUUGAGUAUAAGAAUAACAAUUUGGCUUCGGUGAGGAACGGUUCGUGGCGCAUGGAUCGCAUGCAAUUCUUUGAACCCAAGCCAAAGCCACAUAAAUGGGCUAUACUCCACGGUAAGAUUAACUACAUGAGUGUGGUCGAUUUUCAGGGCAUGAUAAUUCAGCAGAGUCGCACCGUCAAUGUGUGCCUGAAUGAGAAGGCCGAUAUACGGAAUUACAGGGAUGAGCGUGAACUGGAUUCUCAUUUCCAGGACUUCAAAAAAAAUCAAUUUGAUUUGGUGUUCGUUAUUAUACCAAAUUCCGGGCCCUUUUAUGAUGUCGUGAAGCAAAAGGCUGAGCUGCAGCAUGGAAUUCUCACACAAUGCAUCAAGGAGAUCACAGUCCUGCGUAAAUGUAACCUGCAGUGUAUUGGCAACGUUCUGCUUAAGGUCAAUUCCAAGCUAAACGGAAUUAAUCACAAGCUAAAGGAUGACCCACGCUUUCUGUUAAAGAAUGCGAUGUUCUUGGGUGCUGAUGUAACUCAUCCAUCGCCAGAUCAGCGUGAGAUCCCCAGUGUGGUGGGGGUUGCCGCCUCCCAUGACCCAUUCGGGGCUUCAUAUAACAUGCAAUAUCGCUUGCAACGCUCUGCCUUGGAGGAGAUAGAGGACAUGGAGUCGAUAACUCUUGAGCACUUGCGUGUCUAUCAUCAGUUCCGCAAAUCCUAUCCCGAGCAUAUUGUCUAUUAUCGUGAUGGCGUGAGCGAUGGUCAGUUUCCCAAGAUCAAAAAUGAAGAGUUGAGAGGAAUUUCUGCGGCCUGCAGCAAGAUGCGCAUUAAUCCCAAGAUUUGCUGCGUCAUCGUAGUUAAGCGGCAUCAUACACGCUUCUUUCCGAACGGAGCUCCAUCGCAAUACAACAAGUUUAACAAUGUUGAUCCGGGAACGGUCGUCGAUCGCACCAUUGUUCAUCCCAAUGAGAUGCAGUUCUUCAUGGUCAGCCAUCAGUCGAUUCAAGGGACGGCCAAGCCGACGCGUUACAAUGUGAUUGAGAAUACGGGCAACUUGGAUAUAGACUUACUGCAGCAAUUAACAUACAAUCUUUGUCACAUGUUUCCCCGUUGCAACCGCGCAGUGUCUUAUCCGGCUCCGGCAUAUUUGGCACAUUUGGCUGCGGCACGUGGACGUGUCUAUCUCACUGGCUGCACCAAGUUCCGCACUCCAAAGGAGGAAUACGCAAAGCGGUUGAUUGUUCCAGAGUUCAUGAAAACGAACCCCAUGUAUUUCGUGUAGGCAGAACAAUAAAACGUUUUUAUUGUCAGAUAAUCUGACUCUAUAUCAUCUA